AUGAGGGAGAUCGGUCAGAUCUAUGAAUCAUGUUCAUCUGUGAAGAAGAACAAGAAAGACCUGCAGUUUGACUUCUCUUCUCUCCCGAGUCUUGCAGCAAAGAUGAUGAUCUCUGGAUUUCCACUGGAGCUGAUGGAUGGAGAUGCUGCUCACAUUCCUGUGGUCUGGAUCUCUGCUGUUCUAGAUGAACUCAUCCAGAAACUGGGAGAUCAGAGAGUCUUUGUGCUGUCAGUUUUAGGGCUUCAGAGCUCUGGGAAAUCCACCAUGCUGAAUGCCAUGUUUGGACUCCAGUUUGCCGUCAGUGCUGGCAGGUGCACCAGAGGAGCUUUCAUGCAGCUGGUCACAGUGUCAGACGAGAUGAGAACACAGAUUAACUUUGACUAUAUUCUGGUUGUUGAUACUGAGGGUCUUCGUGCUCUAGAACUGUCUGGAAGAUCAACCAGACAUCAUGACAUUGAAUUGGCCACAUUUGUUGUUGGUCUUGCAAAUCUGACAUUGAUCAACAUCUUUGGAGAAAACCUCUCUGAGAUGCAGGACAUUCUUCAGAUUGUUGUUCAGGCCUUCAUGAGGAUGAAGAAGGUCAGACUGAAUCCCAGCUGUGUGUUUGUGCAUCAGAACGUCUCAGAUGUCACAGCUGGAGAGAAAAACAUGGAGGGAAGGAGACGACUGCAGCAUACACUGGAUAAGAUGACAAAACUCACUGCUAAAGAGGAAUUCUAUGAUGCAGAAUGUUUCAGUGAUGUUAUUAAAUUUGAUGUACGAAAUGAUGUAAAAUAUUUUGCUCAGCUCUGGGAGGGAAACCCACCCAUGGCACCACCAAACCCAAAGUACUGUGAGAACAUUCAAGAACUAAAGAACACAUUUUUUUUGUUUCAUGCCUCAAAAUCACAUGGAAUGAUGCUGACACACCUAAAAGAUCGUAUUAAAGAUUUCUGGGAGGCUUUACUGAAGGAACAUUUCAUCUUCAGCUUUCAAAAUUCCUUUGAGAUUUCAGCUUACAGGAAACUGGAGACUGAAUACAGCAAGUGGUCCUGGAGUCUUCGCAGUGCCAUGAUAGAAACUGAGUACAAACUACACAACAAAAUAGAAAAUGAAGCAAUUCACGAGGUUGAGGAAACUGAUCUUCAAAGAGAACUGAAGAAGACAAGUGAAGAAGUGGAGAAAUCAAUGUCAGAAUUCUUUGAGAAAGACAAAGAUAAAGAUAUACUGAUUCAGUGGAAAACAUCAUUUGAAAUCAAAAUCAAAGAUGUCCAAGAAAACAUUGUAAGAGAAACAAAAAGGAAAUUAAAUGAGGUUCUUCAGCAGCGAGACCUGAAGAAAAAGUCUGAUGAUCAUGAAAACACUCUCUAUGAAAAGAGUAAAGAACUUGCCUUAAAACUCAAAGACAAAACAAAUGAUAAAGAAACACAGAAGAUCAUGAUUGAUGCUCAGAGGAAACAUCAUGAAAACACUCUCUAUGUAAUGAGCAAAGAAUUUGCUUUAAAACGCAAAGACAAAACAAAUGAUGAAGAAACAAUAAAUAAAGAGUUUGAUUUGUUUUGGAAACAGAUUGUGGAUAUAAUCAUCACAGACACUCCUCCACUCAAAAACUUUGACAUAAUGAGAGAUGUGAGAAAGAUCCUCAGUGACAUCUAUGAGGGGCGUCUCCCUGUUGACCACAUUAAAGAGGACAGAGAGUACAUCAAGAUUUUCACUGUGUCAAGUUAUUGUGAAUAUGUUAUUUUCAAAAAGUCUGCAAAAAAUGGGGUUAAAGGGGCUCUAAAGGGUGCUUACAGAAGAUUUAAAAAAACAUUUGGAUACGUUCGAACUCUGUCUACAGAGAAGGAAGCUGAAAUCAAGUCAUUAGUCACAGAUGUUGAACAGCAGACAAACAAAAUGAUUCAGUCAUAUAACAUUUCAAAUAAUGGCUACAAAAUCAGUUACAUUCAGCAACUCAUAGAUUACAUCAAGAAAAGAGUAACAGAACAUGAGGAAGGAGCAGUAAAAUAUGAGUUCAAGAAACAAUUCCUCGUGGAUUUGGUUCUUGCCAUCUGUAACAGAGCAAACAAGAUGAUCACUGACCAGCACAGACUGUUCAGUGAAGCAAUAUAUGUUAAGAAGAAGAGAGAAGAAUACUACAGUAUUUUCCAGAAAUACUGCAACGGAGCAACAUCAGCUGCCAUUUUUGGUGAGAUCAUCUGUCAGAAACUUAAAGAGCCCAUUGAGCAGAGUGUCUACAAGAAAACUGCCAGAGAUCUGACAGAUGAAAUGAGAUCAAACUGUGAAUCACUGAAUGGAAACAGAUCAAAUCUGGAGAAACACAUCCUGAAGACACUGGCAGAAGAGGAGGAUUUUAGUAAAUACAUGAACUACAUUCAUAAUCCCAGAGAUCACUUCAAGAGUUUCAUCAGAGAUGAAGUCAGUCGAUACAUCACUGAUAAGUUCAGUGUCAGUGUUUUACCCAAGAUGAAGGAGAACAUUAAACUCCUGCAGCAGAAGAUCAUGAAAGCAGCACAUGAAUCUACUGAACAUGUUCAAGUGAACAGUGGAGAUGUUGGUUUGUGGUUGAAGAGUUUCACACAGCAGCUCUCAGAUGUGCUGAUCUUCUCUGAAAAAGACCUCAGUGGAGUGAAACAUGAUGAUUUUGAUGAUUUCAACCUCCUAGAAGAUGUGAUAAGACAAGAACUUCCUAGUAUAAUGUCAGACAUCAGCAGUAGAUUGAACACAAAUACUUUUUCAGUAAAUUUGGACUACAAGUUCAGACCAGAUACGCUUCUGAUUGAUCACUUCUGUCAGUGCUGUUGGGUUCAGUGUCCGUUCUGUGGAGCCAUCUGCACCAACACCAUAGAAAACCAUCAUGGAGAUCACAGUGUUCCUUUCCACCGUAAUAUUGGACUAAAUGGAAUAUAUUACAGAAAUACAUCUAACUUCUCUACCCAUAUCUGCACAUCAGCAGUAGCAAGCAGCACUCUAUAUUUUUAUCCCAGUGACUCAGAUGACAGCGUCUUAUAUAGAGAUUACAGAAGUGCAGGAGGAGUUUAUGCAGACUGGAGCAUCACCUCUGACCUCUCUGAACUGCCCUACUGGAAGUGGUUUGUGUGCAGAUUCCAAAAAGAUCUUGAAAAGCAAUACAAUAAAACAUUUGAGGGGUGUGUUGAGAUAACAGAUAAAUGGAAAAAAUACUCAAAACAGAAUGCUAUUGAGAGUUUGAAUAAAUACCUCUAAAGAAGAUUAAAAUGAGAAAAAAAAAGAGAAUUUCUCAGAUUCUCUAAAUAUCGCAGUCAGAAAUGAGUUUCUCUGACAUUCAUCAGUGAGUCUCUGAAGUCAGCUAGAACUCAGAAGAGCAGAACUUCUUCAAAAACACUAGAAGAGUAUUAAAGACAGGAUUCAAUUCCACAUACAAGUAUCUGUGAAAUGAUCUUAACUUCAAAACAGCAUGACUUAAUGUACAUGUUUCAUGCUUUAUGAUGAACCAAAAAAUAUCUAUAAGACUAUCGAUGACAUGCGAUAAACGUGUGAAUAAUCAUGGGGUUACACUGUUAAAUCUCAGUGCUGGUGUCCAGAUAGAAGAAAAUUGUGAGAUAAUAAUGUGUAAAUAAUUGUACAAAGUAUUUUAAAAUCAAAUGUUUCAUACCUGUCAGUCUGAUCUAUAUAAAAAUAACUCCAGUGCCAAUGUACUGCAUGCUACACAAAUAAUGUCACAUCACCGAGGACACAAUAAAAAAAAGACCUUGCUAAGUGUUCUUUUACACAUAUUUUACAUGCGAAACUUUAUUUUGACUUUAGGAAUUGAAAUAAUAAAAUUAUCAUGUUCAUCAUGUACUAUUAUUAGUAAAAUAUCUGUAACAGAUUUUCAUUUGCUGACAUUAUUUUAGUCAUUUUUUAGUGCUGCAGGACUUCAGAAUUCAUCUGUCAGUCAAACUGUCUGUUCCCAAAAUAAAUGAGCAAACAAACAUAUGCUCAGCUGCCUCAGCCCUUCCAGUUCCCUGCAAAGGACCCACCUUGUCAUUUCAGUCAAUUUCAGUACCAACUUGGUACCGAAGUUAGUACUGAGUUGUUGAUUUCUUUCCAAAUCUUAAAAUAUUUGUUAAAGUCACUAAGAGUUCAACGAGUAAAGGAUGCUUGAAGAAGGUGUAAGUUCAAAACCAACGGAGUAAUAGUGAUAAUAAAGCAGUUUCAUUUCAUGACUUGUGGUGUCUGUCUCUUAAUCAGUUCUAAUCUUUUUCCUUAAUAUGGGUGAAAUUCAUAUUGCCUCUUUAAAUGUGAAUGGAGCCAGAGAUGUGAGGAAAAAAAUGGAAAUAUAUAAGUUAAUUAGACAGUUUUAUUUAUUCAAGAAACCCAUAGCGAUCAUAAAAAUGCUGUUGAAUGGUUCAAAGAAUGGAAUAGUUUGUCUUUUUUAAGCCUAACACUUCUCUUAGUGGAGGAGUUGGUUUUUUAUUUACUAAAAAGUUUGUUCUUUGUUCAGGUAAAAUGGAAGAAAUAAUAAAAGGAAGACCUUUAAAAGUGAUUGCGAAAGUAUUUGUGUUUGUUUUUCUGUGUAUUUUUUUCUGUGUAUUUUUUUUCUG